CUCCAUGCUCGCACGGUUUGCGCUGGCGACGGUCGUCGUCGUCGGCCUCGUCGUACUGCGGAAGCGCAAGCUCAAGCGGCUCCAGGCGCGGAUCAUCUACCACCGGGACAAGGACCUCGGGCGGCGCUUCGGCAUGGACGUCGGCGGGACGCUCGGGAAGCUCGUGUACCUCGAGCGCGACCCCUCCGACCUCGGCGACGUGCACACGUACAUGAUGGCGUCGACGACGUACGGCAAGUCGGCCAACCGCGAAGACGGCAUGGCGCUGCAGCUCUCCACGGGCCGCAUCCACUUUCUGCGCUUUGAGACGAGCAAGCUCGAGAAGGUCGUCGAGUUUCAAGCUCUUUGA